AAUCAUUUUUGUUCCGCUCUAUAUAAAGUAAACGACGACAUAUGCUCAGCAUCAGUGCAUCAUCUGAAGAUGAUCAUAACAGUUAUUUCGUUUCUUCUAAUAUUUUUCGGUUUGUGUUGCGUCUAUGAUUGCGUGAAACCUAACAACUUUCCACCUGGACCAAAAUGGCUGCCUUUGUUGGGAUGUUUUCUAAAAUUUCGGGAAAUUCGUCAAAAAACUGGAUACAAUCAUUUAGCAUUUCAAGAGCUCGCGAAUCAUUAUGGACCUGUUCUUGGAAUGAAGUUCGGAAAACAGAAAUUUGUUAUUAUAUCGACUCAUGAUCUUGUUAAGAAAGUGCUGCUUCAAGAAGACUUCAAUGGACGACCCGAUGGCUUUUUUUAUAGACUUCGCGCAUGUGGCGAGAGAAAAGGAGUUUUGUUCACUGAUGGCAGUACAUGGUCGCAGCAUAGAAGAUUCACGAUGAAACAUUUGAAAACAUUUGGCCUGGGACAGAUGACAAUGGAAAGCUAUUUAAUAUUCGAAGCUCAAAAUCUUGUGGAAAAUCUUAAGCAUCGAAUGACAAAUGGUCCGGUGGCAAUGCAUCGUGCCUUUGACAUUGCUGUUCUCAAUUCUCUUUGGACAAUGUUCGCUGGACAUCGAUUCGAUUACCAGGAUCAGAAACUGCAUAAUAUUUUAGAAGUUGUACAUAAAUCAUUCAGAUUGACUGACACAUUGGGUGGAAUUGUGUCCCACAUGCCGUUUCUUCGUUUCGUAAUUCCAGAACUUUCAGGAUAUAAGGAACUGAGCACGAAUAUAAAAAAAUUGUGGGAAUUCAUUGGAUAUGAAAUUGAUUCACAUGAAAAAGAUCUCAUGAGUGAUGUGCCCAAGGAUCUUAUUGAUGCAUUUCUCUUGCAGAUAAGAAGUCAAAAGGAUUCUGAUCAGCAGCACGAUUCGAUAUUUAAUAGGGAAGAUUUAUUGAUCCUCUGUCUCGAUCUUUUUUUGGCUGGAUCAAAAACAACAACAGACACAUUGGCAAUGGUGUUUUCAUUUUUGCCCCAGCAUCCAGAAUGGAUGAAAAUUCUCCAAGACGAUCUAGAUGAAAUUGUUGGAAGAAAUCGUGCGCCUCGUUUGUCCGAUCGUCCUUUGUUACCACGAGUUGAUGCCUUUCUUGCCGAGGUGCAAAGAUAUUUGAUCUUAGCUCCUUUGGGUGUUCCUCACAGGACAAUGAAGGAUGUCUCAUUAAAUGGCUACCGAAUUCCACAGGACACAGUUGUUCUUCUUAAUUUCUACAGUGUUAAUCGCGAUAAAAGGUAUUGGGAAUGUCCAGAAGAAUUUCGUCCCCAACGAUUUUUGGAUGAAAAUGGCCAAUAUCGGCAAAAUAAUGCGUCUAUGCCCUUCGGAUUAGGCAAAAGACGUUGUCUGGGAGAAACUCUAGCUCGUUCGUCUCUCUUUCUGUUCUUCACUUACGUAAUACACUACUUUAAUUUCGAAAUUCCUUUGGAACAUGGUAUACCAAAUUCAAAUGGUUAUGACGGAUUUACAAUCUCUCCGAAACCGUAUUAUCUCACACUCUCCCUCAGGUCCGACCCAAAUUCAUCGUCAUUGCCCGAGUGAAGAAAUUUUUUUUUGCAAAAAAAAAAGAUAAGUACCAGAAAUGUUGUUUUUUUUUUCUUUGACAUCUUUAUAUACAUAUGAGAAUAAUAAAAAAAACAGAUCUUCCCUCAAAAAAAAAAAAAGAAUAAAUAAAAAAAAGAGAGAGUCAUACAAGUCCAAGUUUGACUUGCCCGAGUUGUCGAACAACACUUUACGAGAAAGUGAAAGAAAUGAGGGGGACCAUCUUUUUAUAUUUACGAUCCAAAAGAAUGAAAAGAUAAACAUCGUACAUAUGUUCGACUUUAAAUAUAUAUACUUAUAUAUUUAUUCUCAAAUUCUGUCCAUUUAAUGUUAACAUUAUAAUCGAAAUUUAAGAAAAAAAAAAUAUAUCUUUUAUUUAUAUAGAUUGACAUGAGAUAAAAUAUAAAUUUAUUCCUUUUUUUCGUUUAAUUGAAUAUGAAUAGAAAUUAAAUAUUAUUUGAAAUUUAAUUUAGUAAUUUAUUAUUAUUAUUAUUAUUAAUUUUUGACACCUACGAAAAAUUAGGAAAUUAAAAAAUGUUUCGUUUUACAAAAAUAUGAUAAUAAUGAUAGUUGAAAAUUCUAUUUCCAUUUUGGAAGACUAAAUUAAAAUUUACUGCUAUUUUUAUUUACAAAACAGAAUUUAAAAAAAAACCGGAAUUAUUUCCCCUGCGUAAUAAUUCAUUUAUGUAAAAUAAAUGCGGAAAGAAUAAUUAAUAUUGUAAUAAUAUCUCAUUGUGCAUAUGUUUUAUGUUAAAGAAAUUAUUUAGCAUGAAAUUGAUAGUUAACAAUUGUGGUAAUUAUGUAACGUUUGUUUCAAUCGAAUAAUUUAUUCAAAUUUUGCGCAAAUUUAAUUUUAUAUUGUUCUAGAAACAAGAGAUUUUUUUCUCUCUCUUUAUCUCGGUAUGAAAGGAGCCAUUUAUAAAUAUAGCGAAGUGAAAGAGCAGACACUUGAAUUACAAACAAGAUUCUGAGCAUCGUUAAGCCACUAAUUAGCUACAUUGUACUGUUUCAUUGUUAAAACUUUUUUUUUUUCAUUCCCUUUAUCGGAUUAAUUUCUUUUCUCCAGGGGAGAAUACUUAAAAAAAAAUUGUUUCUCUUUUCAUCUUCUUCAAUAGUUUACUAAUUUGUUUAACAUUUAAAUAUUUCAAAUUCCGAAAAAAAAAAUUGUAAAGUAAUUUAUCAACUUUCCCAUUGUUGUAUUUUAUAUAUUUCUCUUUAAAUUUAUUUUUACAUAAAUCGACGAUAAUUAUCGCAAUAAUUCAAUAUUGCACUUAGAGUAUAUACUUGAAAAAAAAAAAUGUUCGAACAGCUUUUGAACUUGUUUCAACUGAUUUUGAUGAGGUGAUAAAUUUCCUUUGAUUUAUAUAUUGUAGUAAAAAGUCCUGUGAAUUUAUUCUCAAGGAGACAUAAAAUAAUUCUUUUUAUUUUACAAUUAUUUUUUUUUUGUAUUUUUAUUAUAAAAAAAUUUAUUAUGAAACACGAAAAAAAUAAUGUUGAUUUCAUGUGGGACUCAUGAUUGAAUUUUAUUGCUUGGAAACUAAAAGGAAAAAAUGUCGAAUCUAAGGGAAAGUUCAAUGAUUAUUUAAAACUUAAAGUUGAUGUUUCAUCAAGUAGAUAAGAACAUUUUGCCAUAAUUCCACGCAUUCACUUUGACAUUAAGAACAAUGGAUAAAUUCACUUUUAUUGUGAGAAAAAAAAAAAGAUCCCCGCGUUGGGGAAAUUUAAGACAACAAUGUUAAUUAUUAUUUUGUUUUCACUAGGGAAAUUGUUUUCUUUAAGAAAAAGUAAAUAGCUAAAAUUCAUAAAUUUAUUAUUUUCGAAUUAUAUUCAAUUGCAACAUAUUUGAAAA